AUUAUUACUAGUUCCUUUGUGACCUUAGGUCACAGAUAAACUAUUGGGAUGAUACAGAUUUUAAAUGUGUGUAUGAGAUGUAUGACAACAACCUGUCUGUAUGUCUGUAAACAAAUAGGCUCCUAAACGGUGCCUCGCGGCGGACAUUGUGCCCAAGAGGUACAGGUGGACAUGUAAUUGUGUGGGAAAUGUUUGUUUUUUCAGUUAGAUAGAAAAUGUAAGCUGUACGCGAUAUAACAUAUACCCCCUACCACCAGUUUUGAGUCGUUUUUUAGGAAAAAUUUUGAUUUGUGCAUGCGUCAGAAAAAGCCGGGGAAAAAAAAUGACCGAAAAAACGAUCGUUUUCGUAUUUUUUUAAAUUUUUCAAUCAUAAAGCGCGCCACCAAUGUUAUAUUGCCAUAGGCAGGGCAAAGCCUCUGCGCGACAGUCGGUGGAUCCAGCAGGGGGUACGGGAGCACAUUCCCUCACCCCGUUUUGCCACAAUUUUUUUUAAAAUUUCAAUGUAUAUCAAUGUGCUAUUCACUUAUCUAUUCUGAAACGUUUGUUCCUCCUCCCCCGUUUGGAUCCGCCCCUGGUGUCCUUGUAGAUUGAGUAGGCUACCAGUACAAGUUCAUUCUCGUGACGUAAUGAGUCAUCUAGCUCACUUGUACUUGCGUUUGUGAUAUGUGUUAAUUGCGCUGGUCUUCUAAUCAACACUAUUGCCGAUUCCAACCUUGGAUGAAAAUAACGCAAUAUUAUGGAAUGAGGUAUUGUCAACUGCAACGGUAGCGCACUGGAACAUAAUGUUUUCCUGAGCUCUACUAUUGGCAUAAUAAUUAAAUUUGUCCAUUUAUAUUUACUUUUUGUUAAUUUGUCGCGCUCUAAAGUCCCAAAUGCCCUACUGAGCAAAACUCAAUUUUAGAAAUCCAGUAGGGCCCUAAAUACAUGCAUUAAACAAAACAUUCAAAAGUAUCUAGUAAUCUCAAAAUAAAGUACAGUAGCUAUCAAGAUUUUAAGAGUGCAGCACUUAUGAUUUGUCCCUCUCGCAUUAAUUUUUUUUAAUUUGUUGCAAAUGUUAACACCCAAAACCAUUACUCCCAUAAUUGGUUGCAAUGCAAUAUGUAUCCCAUAUAACAAAUAAUUUCUACGUGAUCGCAGUUUUGAUUAAAUGUUUAAAAAAAUGUUCUUUGGUUGGUAAUCUUUAACCUUGCUAUAACUUUUGUAAUUUCACCUCCAUUAGUGUAAAAUAUAUGUUCAUAUUAAUUAAUCUCUGUACUGUUUAUUAUUAGGGGUAGAGAUCAUCACAAUGGAGAUAAAGUUCCCAAUUGCGAGUAAAGAUCAACUGAUUGACCAACUAAAAGAGAAAAUUGAUUGUAACAGUGGGAUCAAACUAAUUAUCUUAGAUCACAUCACAGGCCCGUCUGCAAUACUAAUGCCAAUAGAGGAAUUAAUACAAGUAUGUCAUCAAAAAGGGGUGAUGGUGAUGGUAGACGGUGCGCAUGCUCCUGGGCAGGUUAAAUUGGAGUUAGAUAAACUUGGAGCACAUUUUUACAUAGGGAACCUUCAUAAAUGGUGUUAUUCAGCACGCGGAUGUGCCUUUCUUUAUGUGAACUCUAAGGUUAGAGAUGCCGUACAUCCAGUAGUGACGACGUCAUUCGAACGUCCUCGAUUACGGGACCGAUUCAUACUGCAGGGAACUAAGGAUUACACUUCUCUAUGUGCAUCAUCUGCUGCUGUUGAAUACUUUAAGGAUAUCGGAGGCCUGACUGCUGUAACAAAAUACAAUUCAUCUUUACUGAGUUGGGCUACUGAUAUGCUAUGUAAAGCUUGGAAUACGAGCUUGCUGCCCAUCCCUGACAGCAUGCAGGCGCCAUUCAUGGUCCUGAUAAAGAUGCCUGACAUAGAAAACGUACCAUUAACCCCCGAAGGAAGUACCUCGAUAGCGGCAAGUGUUUAUAAACAACACAAUCUUCAUAUUGCUUGUACGAGAGUUGAUGGACGAUUCUGGCUCCGGCUCUCUGCUCACAUCUACAACUAUGAAGAUGACUUUUAUAAAUUAAGGGACGCACUGAUGGAUAUGUAUCAAUCAAGUUACAAUCUAAAUUCCUGAAGUUAUUGUUUUGUCACUGCCAGGUUCGAAUGUAUAUUUUUACGAUGUAUUUUUUAUUUUUUGUGUUGAUGUAAAUAAAGCUAAUAAUAGAUAUAUGGAUUGUGAUAUAAUGGUACAAAUCUUUGAUAUACGGCUUUAGCAUACCGUAAACCUCGAAUUGCAGCCUUGGGCUUUUUUUUUUUUUUUUUUUUUGCCAACUUAUAAUUCGAAAUGGGCUUCUUUUCGAGGAUACUUUUGCAAAGUAAAGAGGGGGCUUCUUUUCAAAAUAAAUGCUGUAAAUUUUGGGAAUUACUAAUAUAAAACAAUAAAUAGGGUCACUGUAACAUUAAUCUGUAUCAUGGAGUGUAUAAUUAACCGGCAUUAUAUCACCUAAACUGCUGUAUAAACCAAGCGUUAUUUUAGUUUAUUUUGUAUCUUUGAAAUUCAUGUACCGUGUAUAUACUCAAGGAGGUAUAAAACAAAUUUAGUUUAUGCCUUCUUGAUAUACUCUACUAUCUCGAAGAAAAAGCCCAAGUAUGUUCUAAAAAAUAAAUGAUCCAAUUUUAGAGCCCAUUUAGAUUACUAUCACUAUGCUAUAUGCUAUAUGAUAUUUUUUUGAGACCCAUAUGAGCAGAUUUUGUAAUGUUAUAAAACUCUGGUACAGUAGAAAUAUACAUUUUGAAACAACGAUUACCAGCACAAGAAAGUUCUACCAACUUGCUAAAAUACUAAAGUACUGUAAUAAUGAUUGGAGUUUCUAAACUUUCUUUAGGGAACCUUCAUUGGUGUUAUUCAGCACGCGGAUGUGCCUUUAUUUAUGUAAACUCUAAGGUUAGAGAUGCCGUACAUCCAGUAGUGACGACGUCAUUCCAACGUCCUCGAUUACGGGACCGAUUCAUACUGCAGGGAACUAAGGAUUACACUUCUCUAUUAUGUGCAUCAUCUGCUGCUGUUGAAUACUUUAAGGAUUUCGGAGGCCUGGUAAUACAAUUUCACAUUUUCUGGGGGAAAAUUAAAAAAAAUAUUUGAAGACCGCUUAAAAAAACAAAACACCUACGUAUGGCUUGGUAGUUUAGACAGAAAGAAUGAAUAUGAGAAAAGAAUAAAAAAAAAAAAA